AUGGCCUACAACUCAUUCCUGCGCGCCGUUCUCACGAAUCCAAAACUCGCUGAACAUAUUGAAGAGGUCAACAUGCUAGAUGUCUCCCAAUAUGAUCCCCAUGAGAUUUCACAAGAGGAUGUUCAACUCUUCCAGAAAGCUGUUGCAGACUCCCCACUUCCUGUGCAGCUGAAAGACAGCCUGAAGAAUGGAAUCAAGGAGGGGAUGGCUUGUUGCCAUGCUUGCGCUUUUGCUAUGCAACCUGCCGAACCUGAAGACUGUGUUCAUGUCAAAGCUUGA